AUGAUUUCAUUUUUUUUCUCUCUCUCUUUUUUUAUUCUUUCCUUCUUUUUUUUUCUUUCAAAUUCUGUUUUUCUUUUUCUUUUCUUUCCUUUCUUUUUCUUUCUUUUUUUUUUUUCGUCGGCAAAAAUUCACAUAUGUUUUCGUUUCUACACUGUUUUAUCUAUCUAUCUAUCUAUCUAUCUAUCUAUGAGUCUGUCCAUUAUCUAUCUAUUACAAUCUGUUUAUUAUCUAUCUAUCUAUCUAUCUAUCUAUCUAUCUAUCUAUCUAUCUAUCUAUCUAUCUAUGAGUCUGUCCAUUAUCCAUCUAUUACAAUCUGUUCAUCUAUCUAUCUAUCUAUCUAUCUAUCUAUCUAUCUAUGAGUCUGUCCAUUAUCUAUCUAUCUAUCUAUCUAUCUAUCUAUCUAUCUAUCUAUCUAUGAUUCUGUUCAGCUAUCAGACUGGUCAUUAUCUAUCUACUUAUCUAAUACUGUUCAGAUCUAUCUAUCUAUCUAUCUAUCUAUCUAUCUAUCUAUCUAUCUAUCUUAAUUCUUUCCUUUUCUUUUUUACCUCGCUCUCUUUUCUUCACCUCACUUCUGGUUUCUUUUUCUCGCUCUUUUCGUCUCUUUUUUUCAUUUUCUUCUUUCUCCUAUUCCUCCUCUUCUAUCACCUCUCCCUCUCUCUCUCUCUCUCUCUUCCGCACUUCUUUGUCUUUUGUCCCUUUUUUAUCACUUCUGCCUAUGAUUGGACGUUUCUUUCGUUUUCAUUCUUCGCCACCUUUCUCUCUCUCUAUUUCUAUCUCUGUCUCUUUCUCUCACUUUCUCCCUCCCUCUCUCUUUCUGUUAUUUAA